AUGAAAAUUAUUCCGAAGAUUCUAGCGCUCUUGGUGGCUUCAGCAGAAAACUUCAGUGGUGACAUAAACGAUUUUCCUUCUGAAAAAUUCGUCGAAAAUAAUGCGACAAUCGCGGAUUUCGUGGAUCAGCAUUUAUUCGGCAAAAUGAUUCUCAAAUCUUCCGGCGAUUUGGGCUACGAAAAGGUGUUGGAAACCAUCGCUGGGCAAAAUGUUCAAACAACCGGCGAAUUCCUCGAAGCCCUCGGAGUGCCAAAAGAACAAGGCUAUGCCGGUCUCGGAAUGGCCCAAGCCCGAAAAUUCAAGCACGUGAUCUCCUUAAUCCUCUACCUCCAAAAAAUCCCCCUCGUCGGCAAAUUCAUCUACUACGGCUGCUACUGCUUCGCAAAUGCUCAAUUCGACCUCGACGCUGGCUUCGGAAAACCAGUCGAUCAAAUUGAUCGGGCUUGCAAAAACUUCCACAGUUGUUAUGGCUGCAUCGAGAGAGAUUUCGUCAAAGAAAAAGAGCAAGAAGAUUGCGAUGGAACACAUCGAUCCUAUCUCGUUUCUGGCACCGAAGAUCCCGAAACAGGAGAAAAAACAAUCAGCUGCCUAAACGAACUCGGCAGUUGCAAACGAUCAAUUUGCGAGUGCGACAAAAAGCUGGCCGAAGACCUUUCCGAAGCUGAAUUCAACUGGUCUCUUUUCAACCACGGCGCUUGGGGCGGAUUCGAUAAGAAAUCAACUUGCGUUGCUUCUUCUUUUCAAUCGCGGCUGGGAGCGAGCGCAACAAAACCAGUUGUUCAAAAUCGCUGUUGCGGCGAUUAUCCGAAUAGAUUCAAAUACGCUGCAAAAACAUCAGAUGGAUUUCGCCGAAGCUGUUGCAAUGGAAAAACCUACGAUUUGGACGGACCUUUAGUUUGCUGCCAAGGAAGAGAUCUCGUCGAGUUUGGAAAUUGCUUGCCAGGAGAUGUCACGAUUGACACUCCAGAAACGGACCAAGAGUUUUACGAUUGA